GAGAAGAAAGAGGUUAUGUUAUUUUCUUGUUAUUAUUUAAACCUUAGAACUAGCAUUUUUUUUGCAAUUGAAAUGUUAUGGUAUAAACUCAAUAAGUAUUUAAAUCGUUAUCCUGCGAGAACCUUGUAUUCUACGAAAUCUGACACUAUAUUUGCACUGUCUUCUGGUUAUGGAAAAUGUGGAGUAGCUGUAAUUCGAAUAUCUGGUUCAACUUCUGGAACAGCUUUUAAGUUAAUGACUGGCUUGAAUGUAUUACCCAAACCUCGAGUAGCAACUUUGAGAAGCAUUAAACAUCCCAUCAGUGGAGAAACAAUCGACAAGGGUUUAAUUCUGUGGUUUCCAGGUCCAAAAAGUUUUACUGGAGAAGAUAGCUUAGAAUUUCAAGUCCAUGGUGGUAUAGCUGUAAUCAAUUCAGUUUUGAAAGCAUUAGGAACUAUUCGAAAUUUAAGAUUAGCUGAACCUGGAGAAUUUACACGUAGAGCGUUUUUCAAUGGUAAAUUAGAUCUAACUGAAGUAGAAGGCUUAGCAGAUUUAUUGCAAGCUGAAACUGAAGCCCAAAGAAAACAAGCAUUUUUACAGUCUCAAGGGGCUUUAAGCAACCUAUACAACAAAUGGAAACAUAUUUUGAUUCAAUCUGUAGCUCAUAUAGAAGCUCACAUUGAUUUUGAAGAAACUGAAACACUAGAGGUUAAUAUUCUGACUUCUGUAAGGCAAAAUAUUGAAAGUUUAGCUGAAGACAUUGAAAAACAUUUAUUAGAUGGGAGAAAGGGAGAAAUUUUGAGGAAUGGUGUUAGAACAAUCAUUCUGGGCGAACCCAAUGUGGGAAAGAGCAGUCUUUUGAAUUUAUUGUGUCAACGUCCAGCGGCUAUUGUAACUCCUAUUGAAGGUACCACUCGAGAUGUUUUGGAAGUAACCUUAAACAUAGGAGGAUACCCAUUGGUAUUGGCAGAUACUGCUGGAUUGAGAGCAAAUACUUUAGACCUUGUCGAAAAAGAAGGUAUAAAUAGAGCUUUACAACUUUAUGAAAAAUCGGAUUUUGUAAUCUUAGUUUUGGACGCGAAAAAGUAUAGCGAAUGGAAGGAGAAAGCCGCUGAUGGAAAUUUUAAUAGAUAUAUUAUAGAUAAUGUACAUAAAUUAAAGUUGAAAAAACUAAUAGAACCAAGAUAUGUUGACAAUAAUGUAGACUUUGUUUUCAAUAAACCUUGUUUAAUAGUAUUAAAUAAGUCUGAUCUUUGGACGGAAAAUAAUAUUGCCAACAAUGAAAACUGUAUAAAAAUAUCGUGCAUUACUGAAAAUGGAAUUGAUGAGUUGAUAGAAGCCGUUACACACAAAUUGAAAGAAUUGUGUGGAGAACCAUCUUCAGAGCAUCCUAGUAUGAAUCAAAUUAGGCAUCGUCAACAUUUGACUAAUUGUUUGAAACAUCUGAAGUUAUUUCUGGCAAAAAAUAAUAGUCAAAAUCACGAUCUCGUACUUAUGGCAGAAUAUUUAAGGAAAGCAUUGAGAUGUUUGGGAAAAUUAGUAGGAAGCGUAACGACGGAUGAUUUAUUAGACGUUAUAUUCAAAGAUUUCUGCAUUGGAAAAUAAAUAUAUGUAUACAUUUAAUAUUUGUUUUAUUUGAACGCCCACCGAAAAUAAUCGAUUGUACAAAAGUAAAAAAGUCUUAGACUUUUAAAGGAAGAAGUUGAGGCAAAG